CUGUUAAACCUGGAGUGGAAUGGCCAAUUCCGGGAGUAUUUUCACAUUGUUUCCAUCAUUUGUAGCAUAUUGAUGCAUUGUAAACAACUAAUUGUGUGUGUGUGUGUGUAAAGCAGUGUAACAUCUGAAAUAAACAUACAAAGUGAAAUAUAAACAUGGUUAUGAAUUCUAAAUUAGGUAUACGUUUUAAUUGAAAAAAGAAUAUGUAUUCAUUUUUGUCAGGUGUGUUUAUCCCCAUUGCUGUGAACAAGCCCACAUUCUAAAUCAAAUUGGUUACGCUUUUGUAAGACCCCACAUUUUGUUAUGAUUCACAUUUAUUACCAAUAGAUUUUAAAAUCUCAACCUGUUUAUUAACAAUUAGAGAAAAUCGGUAUAUUUUAAGACCUCGUAAGCCUUUUCUUCAAGUGGAAAUGUAGAGAAACACAAGUUCUGCUCUACAAUAGAAAACACUGCUGUUUGUAACCCGCCGAAGCUUUAAUGAAGCGUGACGAUCUGCACACCGCCAAAAGAUGUAUUCUCUUAGGAAAAAGGGGUUAUUAAACGUGGCAUACGCUGUGUUAGAAAAAACAAUAAAUAUACAAUAUACAAUAAAUAUAUUUAAAAAAAGCAAGUCGAAAAUCGUAAGGACACGGAGGAGUAAACGUUCAAUGCGCUGUUUAUUAGUGCUGAUAAAUGUUUGCAAUGAGUAUUCGCCCUCUGGUCGCGGGCGUUCCUAUUGAUUUCAUGUCGGGAUAUCCUGAAAUUUGAACAGAAAUGCCAACCUUGACGUCAUACCUUAGCAGCUGCAAGCGUUUAAAAAAGGUGGUUAACAAGUUGAGGCAAAAAAACAAACAUAAAAAUCUUCAAAUUCUGACAGCAGAUGUUGUUCAGCUUUGUACCUCCCAAAUAAAAAUAAAUACGUUUCCUGAGAAAACUAUUAGGUAAGAAUUGAUGUUUCGCAUCCACUCUUUUAUUAAUGUAAAUCAAGGCAUUCAAAUAAACACAGUAUACUGCAGAAUUAAUUGCAUACUGAUGUAGCACUGAAUCACAUCAGGUGACUGGCCAGAGAUGUAAUUCGAUAUAGUCUUUAAACUAAUCAUACACAUUAUAGAAAACACAAGCAGGUGCUGUAAAAUCAACCGAGCACAUGAAUAGAAGGGUCUGGGUCGCGCCAGUGAUGUAUUGGUAAUUGUGUUCUUCUAAACGGUCAUUCACAUGUUUGAGGGUCGUCAGGUGAUGGUUCCCACCGUUCAGUCAUCUCGUUGACUUAUCCCGGUCCCCCUGGACGAAGAGGAGGAUCACAUUACAUAUCCUUUUUACAAGAACUGACAGGAGAUCCCCUUCGGAACCCCCGCCCUGACAGGGGCACUCUCCUGGAGCCGUUUAUAAGGAGCUGAAGAGCAGGACCCCAGCAAGGAACUUUUAACGUGCAGGCACCCUCCAGAGACUCGAGCAGAGAACGCACAAGACAGCGAUGAAAGGUACGGUGGCUGUCGAGGCUUGUGCAUUGGCAUUGCUUCUUGUGGCCGCUUUUAUUCCUCAGUCCUGGAGCGCGCCUCAGGGUCACUUUCAGAGGAGAAACUGGACUCCGCAGGCAAUGCUUUACUUGAAGGGGGCUCAGGGCCGUCGUUUCAUAUCGGAGGAAAGAAGAGAGGGCGAUUUUUAUGAGGGACUACAUUUAGCAACCAGAAGCCAAAAUACAAACCCCACGAGUCUGUCGGAUGCACUGGCGCUGCUGCUCCCCUUCAUCAGCCGGGCACGGGAGGAAGCUGAAGAAAAUGCAGAGCAAUUAAAUUUGCUAGAGACCCCAAGGUGGAAGAGAGGACUCUUCUAAUAGCUGGUUAACUUGUGCAGUGUUGUAGUUCAAGUGAUUGUCUGAUUUUAUUACAUGUUUAGAAUAUCUACACGUACAGUACAACACUGUGGAUUCCUUAAUAUGGCUUGGACUCGACCAACGCCCCGCUUUGAAUGUAAAGUCAAUUAAAAGAAGCCAUCUUUCAUCACUCCAUGCCAAACGCUGAUCAGGGAAGUCGCCAUAAUCACAGUAUUUCUGAAACAGAGACUGGAAACUCCUGUCUCUUUACAGAAAGGUGAAAGCCUUUCAAGAAACACACGAUUAACAGUUACAAAAACUGACCUGCAUAUAUUCUUUUGUACAAUAAAGAUUUUAUA